GUGCUUUUUCUUGUAUUUUAUUUUCAUCAUCUUGAAUAAAACACGUUGUCAUCUUGUCAUCUUGUCAUCAUCUUUGUUUAAACACCUUGACUCUCAAAAGCAUGUACAUUAUCUCGAAAUUAGAGUUCCUGAACGACUUGAUAUUUUUCUGGUUUUGCGACACUGGGUUAUGUAAAGAUUUGUUUUUCGGCUUGCCACUGAUAACCACGAUAAUGGUAUCCAUAUCUGUGUCUUGAUCAAUCGCUUGAAAGCUUCUUGAGAGCUUUUAACACUUUUAAGAUUGAGAAUUUUCACUUCAUUUUCAUGUUUCUUCACCGCUUCUUUUUAUUCCAUCCUUUCUCUUUUGAAGGUCGUUGGUUAUUUGAGAAAGAAAACAUUCCAAUUAAUCCUAGCGCGACAUUGGAGCCACGCGCGUGACAGAAAAUAACACGCGCGAGAGGCUUGUGCUCCUCGCACUUCAAGCAUACCUCGCGUGUUCAGUUCGCCGCUCAAAGUCACCGAAAUACUGCCUCUUCUGUGUGAUUCUCUGCGCAACUUACACUUAUAUGAACUAGUCGCCAAAGAGUCGUCGCAUUACUUGAAUGAGUAUAUCAUUUCAACCUGAGUUGAUUCCCUUUUGUCAUCAACAUAUAAUUUCUCUUUAGAUCUCCAAUAAAUCAUCAUCCAUACUUGUGACGAGAAUUAACCUCAGUAAUCAAACCAUCUACGUGUAAUAGUUGUCUUGUUGUAAAACCAAAAGCUAUAGAGAUAACUUUUUGUUGCCUAGUCAGUGAGAUAACGUAUUUUUUUGUUAGAACUGAAACGUUUUCACACAUUUCUCAGUGACUCCGCGAAUUCUGUUUUAUUCUUUAACUAUGUCACAUUUCAGUUCUUUUGUCAACCGUAUGCAAAUAUUUUGUUCCCUCCGCAUCGGUUCAAUACGAAGCUCAGUUCACGGUUGCAUGAGUCCGCCGCUUUCAUUUGUAUAAACAGAACUCUUGUUUCUUGAAAAGGUUUGUUUCCUCCCCAAAACUUUUGGCAGCUCCCGCCGAUUUCUUUACGGACGACAAAUUAAGUUGCUGGUCCUUCAAGCUGUAAAGCAGAACUUUCGAAGAUUAUUCAAAACUCUCAGGUUCCAAAGUGCAAGGGACUCAAGAUGGCGGAUCGACUCUGUGAAUUCUGCAUUGGCUGUUGUUCAAAAAUUUGCGCCAUAUUUUGUCGUGAAAUGUCAAUGAAGACUGCAUACAUAAUUCAGUUCACCGUCUACAGUGUUUUACAAGGGUACAACGUAGCCUCGGACGUAGGCAUGUUUUUCGACGUGUUUAAUGCCGUGAAGAAAUGUAAUGAGCUUGAGAGCGACUCCAACAUGAACAGCACGCAAGUUGAUCCCGGAGGGACAAAGACGAUUUACUGCAGAGAUCCAGGGAAUUUUACAAUCUCCGACCUCGACAAGCAUACGACAACACUAGAGAUUCUUCAAUGGUUUUUCCUAAUUUUUGCUGGGAUCGGCGCAGGGCUUUACAUUGCACACUUAUGCACGUUACUUCCUAACUUAUGCAAGCACUGCCGAGAACCUGAGUUUGAGCACGAAGUUGACUCGCUCGACACCCCGAAGUAUUACCGAAGUAUUGUACACAUCCACACUGUUUUCAUGUGCCUGGAGACGUUUGCUCACGACAUUCCAGUUUCGUGCCUGGCCGUGGAACUGAGCGUGCAUUACUUUGGGCCAGCAAACUGUUGGGAAUGCGCAGUAAGUGCCAGCUCGAUUCCCGCAGAACUCUCCCUAGUGAGAAGUAGCCUGUGGAUUGGUCUUAAAGUGUCCGCAGUAGCAUUGAUAACUAUUUAUAAAGGGAUCCUUCCGCUGUACUUCUGGAUCGGGAACCCAUUCUGCUGGAGCUGUUAUCCGCUGAGGUUCCUUAUCGCUGCACCAGCUGGGCUUGGUUUUAUGGUAAUGGUCCUGACUCCAUGUAUGGGUAUAGCCAAGCUUAGGGUCAUGGUAGAGGUUCCUGAUUUGAAGGGAGCCGUUAGCGGUCCUUCUGACAUCAUCUUUUCGAUUGGCCUCGUCUUUUGGGUUCUGAUUAUUGUGGGUUUUUUGGUGUACAAGAUUUUCUAUAAUUUUAUAAUGGAGUUGUGUCCCUGUUUAGCUUGGUGCGAGGACGAUGACAAGGAAAAGAAACGCAAAAAAGAGGAAAAGACAACGGGGUGUUUGUGCUUCUAGUCCUAAAGUUGCAUCCUACUCGAAAAGAAAAUCACCUGAAAAUACGAAACACGGUAGCACACUGUACACUGCUCUAACUGUGUCUGUUUUAUUCCUAAAAUUGGGACCCGUUCGGCGAACAAAAAAUAGUGCCUGUAUGGGAGAUAAUUUGACUAUGUACAUUAGAGCCUGAACUUUCACUGGCUGAUAUAGAGCCAUGGGCUUAAAUGAGUCAUAACUAGAGUGGGCUGAAAUAGUUAUUUGAGAAGGCAGGUCUAGUCAAAGUUGUACUAAUAUGCCACUGCGGAGAUUUUUGACUCAUUUAGUUGUUCUAAGAUAACACGCUCAGGCAAACUAAUCGAACUUUAAAAAUUGUUGUUAUGUUUCCGAUUUGGAAAUACUUCUUGAAUAUUGGACAAGAGGAAAACGGUUUCUCGCAAACAUAUGCUUAUGUAAUAAAUGGAAAAAAGGCUGGCUUUUAGUCAUGUCAUUUGGAGCCAUAUAGAAGACGAGGGAGAGAGGGGGAAGGUGAAAGAAGAAACUUCUCCCAACCACCACCACUCCUCUAGCCUAGAGCCCUAACGUUAUAAUCCUCCGUAGGAAAAAAGAUGGCGACUUGUACAUUAACCCAUAGUUCUCAGCGCACGAAAACCUAAACAACGUUCAUAAAAACGUUACAAAAUCUUCAAACCAAGGCUACUUAAUAUCCUUAGUACAGGCUAUAAGGCUUCCUUUGUGCCUCUUGGGUUGUGUUAGGUUCGCGAGGCAUUGUGGUAAAAUGUACAGCCGCCAUCUUUUUUCCUUACGGUGGACCGACUGCAAACUAAAGUACCUUCACAGGAAAUUUUUGCCAAAGAAGAUAACAAUGGAGUUUUUCUUCAAAUCAGACGACUGGGUGAGCACUUUCGUCUUCUUAGUUAUCGAGUGUUAAGUCAAAAUGCGCCAGUCCAUACACUUCAGUGUUUGGUAAAGAAACAAGCACUAGCUUUGAGUAUUUUAAAGCUGUGUAAAUAUUGCAAGACUUUGCGCAUGAAAAUAAUAAAGUUAAAUAACAAAAAAUAA